AUGGUUAUGCCAGGUCCCGACGAGCCGUCGUUAGAGGAGAUGAACUAUCUCUUAGAACCGUUUGUGGAGAGUAUGCUUCGUUUGGAAAAGGGAGUAGAAUUCACCGUUCAUGGUCAUGAUGAUCCGGAGGUGUCACACUCUCAUCUGUACUGUAACAUAUCUGAUCUCCCGUCGAGUCGCAAAGUGACUGGCCUCCAAGGUCAUAGUUCAAAGUUCUUCAUGUGUCCAACAUGUAAAACACCUUCCUUCUCGCUUGCUCACCCUAGUUGUUUCGAUCCAUCAAACUUCAAGGACCGAGACGACUGGAGGUAUAUCAAGUAUUCAUUUCGUCUACGUAAUGCAGACUCUGCAACGGUUGACGCCAUUCAUGAGAAUCGAGGUGUCCAUUGGUCUGCCCUCAAUUACCUUCUGGGUUGGAUGCCUGCUCGUAGCUCCGUCGUUGAGUUCAUGCAUGCUGUGUUUUUGGGUUUGGUAAAGCAUCUUAACAGGAUCAUCCUCAUCAAGUCUGGUUUACUCAACGGAACGAGACUUGUCAAGCCAAUGGACCGACUUGAGGCCUUUUUUUCGGGGCUUGUUCGGCCAGUCGAAGCAAAUCGCCUACCACCUUCACUUUCAACUGGUAAGGGAUCACCCAAGGUGGAUCAGUGGCGCAAUCAAAUUGCGGUCCUUUUUGUUGCUCUGUAUGAUGCGUGGGCACAUCUGCUUGCUUGCAACACACAUCCCUCUGAUGCUGAAACCAAUCGCGUUAACUCCGCAAAGAUGGACUGUAAUUUACGUCAACAUUAUGCUGUAAUCCUCGAGUUCUCUGCCGCGGUGUGCAUCCUAUCAUCUCAAUCUAUCAGUCCAGACAAUGUUUGCAGAGGACGUGCAGCAUUAUCUCAUGCCACACAGAGCUGGGCUCGCAUGGGAUGUCACCUGACUCCGUACUUUCAUUUUGUUAAUCACUUUGAACAGCAGAUGUACGAAUUCGGGCCCUGUUACGCGACGUGGGCUUUUGCAUUUGAGCGACAUAAUGGCAAGCUCGCAAAGAUCAAUCACAACCAGCAUAAAGGAGGAGAACUCAAAGCUACACUGAUGCGACAAUGGUGGAGCAUCACGUUCAAUUACGAGCUUGUACGUUGCCUUACACUAUUUUCCUCGUUACUAGACUAA